GAGCAAUCUAUACGUUAUAUAAUUUAUGGUAUAUACUUCGUUUACAUUAGUGACAUGCGCAAUGUCUGCAAAUCUGGCGGCAAUUAGUGUGUGGUGUGUUAUGUGUAUACGCCAUACGGAAGAUAUUUGAUCUUGUGUUGGAUUUAAUUGUUAUAAACUGCGACAGAGAUUAAUUUUUGUAAAUAUGGGUAUCACCGGGUUGCUACCAUUCCUAGAGAAAUCUUCUAGAAGGACAAAUAUCAAAGAAUUUUCUGGUGGUACUGUUGCAAUCGAUUCUUAUUGUUGGUUACACAAAGGUGUAUUUUCCUGUGCUGAGAAAUUAAUGAUGGGACAAACAACGAACGCGUAUGUUUUAUAUUGUAUGAAGUAUAUAAACAUGCUUUUAAAAUAUAAGAUAAAACCCAUCUUGGUGUUUGAUGGCCGACGAUUGCCUGCUAAAGAGCAAACAGAAAUCAAGAGACGGGAAUCUAGACAAAUAAAUCGUCGUAAGGCGAUUGAACUAAUACAAAUGGGUCAAGUCACAGAGGGAACAAAUUUGUUGAAACGUGCCAUAGAUAUUACUCAUGAAAUAGCAUUAGAAUUAAUCAAACAUUGCCAGAACGAGAACAUUGAUUGCAUUACAGCUCCUUAUGAAGCUGAUGCGCAAUUAGCGUAUUUAAAUAUCAAUGGUAUAGCUGAUGUUGUUAUCACAGAAGAUAGCGACUUGACAUUAUUUGGAUGUAAGAAAAUAUUUUUUAAAAUGGACUUUAAUGGAAAUGGAGUUUUGAUCGAGCAGGACCGAUUAUAUUUGGCAAUGGAUAUGAGACCUGAACAAUUUGACAUGGAUAAGUUCCGUCAUAUUUGUAUUUUGUCUGGUUGUGACUAUCUUCCUUCUCUUCCUGGUAUCGGCUUGGGAAAAGCACGAAAAUUUAUUACGAGAAAUACAGAUGGCAACAUACAUAAAGCAUUAACACGUAUAGGCUCGGUUCUCAAUAUGAAAUCGCUAGUCGUGACACAGGAAUAUAGAGACGCAUUUAUAUUAGCCGAUAUAACGUUCAAGCAUCAAUUAGUAUUCUGUCCGUUACAAAGAAAACAAGUACGGUUGAAUCCACCUCCUACUAAUAUUACUGAAGACCAAUUGCAAUAUGCUGGGAAGGAAUUAGAUGUGGACGUCGCUUUACAACUAGCCCUCGGUAAUUGCGAUCCAGCUACUUUAAAAAUGGUUCAUGAUUUUAAUCCAGACAAAAUCGAACGAAAAAGAAAGCGAAAUGCAGAGACAGAACAAACAGUUGUGAUUCAAACUAGCAUUUGGUCAAGCAAAUAUAAAUUAAAAAUGAAAUAUCAAAUCACUUCUCCUGAAAAUGUUUUAAAUUCGUCGUUUAUUGUUGGAAAAGAGCUUACUAGAAAGAGAAAGUCUCUAAAAGACGCAUAUGUUUUAUUAAAUUCGCAUAAUGGUUCAAUCAUACAAAGUGAUAAGCUUUCAGAGGAUCAAGAUUUAAACAAAACUGCUAUUUUGGAUAUGUAUAAUUUGAGUCAAGAUGCUAAGCUGAUUGCCAAUACUAAAGAAUCAGAAGAUUAUUUAUGUUUAGCAAAAAAUAAUACGUCUCCAGAGUUAUUUAGACCAAAAAAUCCAUUUAUUAAGCGAGUGUCUGAUCUUACAACUUCACCAAGUGUUUUGGCCAACGGAAAUUGUCGAAAAAGAGGGAGAAAUUUAAUACGCAUCAGACGAACUAUAAUAGAUGAAAAUGCUAUGAUAGAAAGUAAAUAUUUCUUAAAACAAGAUAACAAAGAGCAUAGUGUACUUGAGUCAAAGAAUAAGGAAAUUGAAGUCAAUUCAAAAAGUACAAUAUACAAUACAAUUCCAAACAUGGAUGCGAGUGUACAUGAUAUAAGUCAGGAACAACUAGAAAAAACAUUUAAAACAGACAUUGCACAAAAUACGAGCUUAAUAGAAAAUGUUAAUGAUGCAAUUUUAUCAAAUCAAAACAAUUAUUUGGCUAACACUUACAGAAAUAUUCCUGAGAAAUUAAACUCUAACAACAGGAUGAACUAUGUAUCAUCAAUGACACAUCCAACGAUUGAUGAGAGUUCCAUUUCAGAUAAUUACUUAGUAUCAAGUUCUAAUAUGGAAACUACUGAUAUAACCAAUUAUGAAAAUGCGGGUCGUUUGCAAAACGAUUUAUCUAAAUGGUCAAACACGGAAAAUAAUCAAAUCUUUUCUAAAAAAGAUAUAUUUAAGAAACAAAAUUCAACGAAUCUGGUAUUACGAGUUAAUUCAGUAACAAAAAGGAAACAAUUAUGUCAAAAUAAACAAUUGCCAUCAGUUCCCAAACAACAAAGUUUAUUAAGUAUGUAUGGAUUCCAAAAGAGGACAUCUCUGAAACAUUGAUUUUGAGAGUCUAUUAGAAGUGUUAGACCUACAUAAUUUGGUGUUUUGCAAAACUCAACGUGUGCUAUGAGUAUUUUAGCGUGAUAAGUAUUGACAAGUGUUUUUCAAAUUCUAUAAAUAAUAUUCUAUAAAAAAGUAAAAUCAGAAUUAUGAGAAGAAAAUGUAUUGACUAGGAAUUAAAAAAAGGUGUAAUACGCUUAUAUUGAUAUAGACAAGUGAUUAAUAUUCAUUUAAAAUGAGUUUGAACUACACACAUGUGAAUCCUACAGAGCAGCUCGAAUUUUCAUUAUAUUACUUCACUACCAUAUGUGUAUAAAUUAUCAAUUAAGUAUUAUCAAUUAAGCAUUAGUUUUAAUACUUUCUAAUGACAUACAUCAAAAUCCUUUAGAAUAAAUUCUCCACACUCUACGUGACUCACGAGGUGAAAUCAUCCUCUUAACAUUUAUCUUAAAUGUAUAAUCUCAAAUAAUUUCGAAAAAUUUUAUACGAAAGAAGGUACAAAGUCUAUGCAAUAAAGGAAAAAAGAAUA